UUGAACGCACCACUAUGUAAAAGCCUUUGGAUGUCAGCGCCAUUGCUAAGCGGUUUUUAACCAUUCAUGGUAGAAUUAUUUUUGUUUUAGGCAAAGUAUAGGCAAAACUAUUCCUCCUGACUCAUUUGGACGAGGUUUUUUAUCCCUUACGAGAUGGAGGAUAAUACUCCAGAGCAGGUGGAAGAGUCCGCAAUGAAGACCUCAGAGAUGACAAAAGUAAAGACAGGUCCUGACUAUAAAUUGAGAGGCAGUGGAGUCAGGGGGCGAGGCAGAGGCAGCCCGAUGGGACGAGGAGGCCGUGGUGGACGCGGAAUGAUGAUGAAAGGUUUUGGCCCACAAGGUCGAGGAAGGGCCAGGAAUCAUGAUAGGUUCAUGAAUGGAUUCAGACCAAUUAGGAGGGGAAUGGGUAGAUCACUACCAUAUCUGGAUAUGCAAGGCAGAAAACGAGGCAGAGGUGAUGCUAUGGACAUGUGUGUAGGACCACCACCUCCUCCUCCUCCUCCACCCAUGCAUCUAAGGGGACCUCACCCACCUAUGCACAGGCACGGUCCACCUCCACCACUUCCACCACCUCCACCUGGGCAUCCUCCUUUCAGAGGGUUUCCUCUGCGCCCAAGGGGAAGGGGCAUGAUGCCCUCCGGCUCCCAUCGCCACUUCCACCCCAGAGGGGGGACUUAGUCACCCUUUUGGAAGGCACUGGGACAUGGCGGCAGGACACUACACCCGCUCUCUCUCCCUCUGCCCAGUGAUGUGCAGUGAGACGCUUCCUGUCCCCUUCCCCAAUUACCAAGGUGAGUUGUCUUUUGUGUCCAACAGACUCCACUACCCCUAACAGGUCUCUUUUGCACAUAAGACACUUAAGUUACUUCACAACCUUGUGCACAUCAUAAGGUAAGAAAGGAUCCACUCAGUGAAAAGUGUGUAUUUCUUUUUGGUAACACACAGAGCACAGAGGCUUUGUGUAAACCAUCUGAACUUCACAAGAUUUUACUUUAUAACUUUAAGUAUAUAAACAUUCAUUUGACAGGCACUUUUUCCAAAUAAUAAAACUAAAAUCAGUGACUUAUUUGGAUUUUGAACUGGCGCUGAACCUUAACCACUAAUAGCACUUUACUGCCGGGUAGUGCGACAUGGUUCUGUAAAUGGACUGUUUUUCAAUUACCAUUCUUGCCUAAAUACAUUGAAUACCAAACAGGCAUAUAAGGGUGAAAGUUGAUUGUAUGGUUAGUUCUGUACAGAACUUUUGCAACCAGACAUAGAAUUAAGUCUUAAAAGAUUUCUUGAAGUGCCAUUGCUUUAUCAGUUUUGAACCAAUAUGAGAGUUAGUUGUCAUCAACUAUGAACCAUCUGCUCAAAAAGUUGGUCUAGCAAAAAAAAAAAAAUCUGGAGUCACCAAAUUUGUUGAGUAAGACAUUGUUAGAUUUACAUUGGUUUUUACCAAGGCUAAAGACACAAGCCUCAAACUUUGCGGCUCAAACUUACCUUAUGGUAUUACAUAGAGUAUAUUAUGAAAAUUUACAGUCACUGAAUACUUUAUUAGGAACGCUCAUGCAGUCAUCUAAUCAGCCAAUCAUGUGGCAGCAGUGCAAUGCAUAAAAUCAUGCUGAUACGGGCCAGCAGCUACAGGUAAUGUUCACAUCAACCAUCAGAAUGGGGAAAAAAUGUGAUCUCCGUGAUUUUGACCGUGAUAUAAUUGUUGGUACCAGAUGGGCUGGUUUGAGUAUUUCUAUAACUGCUGAUCUCCUGGGAUUAUCACACACAACAGUCUAUAGAGUUUACUCAAUAUGGUGCAAUAAAGAAAAAAAAUCAUCCAGUGUGCAGCAGUUCUGCAGACGGAAAUGCCUUGCUGAUGAGAGAGGUCAACACAGAAUGGCCAGACUGCUUCUGACAGAAAGGCUACCGUAACUCAGAUAACCACUCUGUACAAUCAUGAUGAGAAGAAAAGCAUCUCAGAAUGCGAAACACAUCGAACCUUGAGGUGGAUGGGCUACAACAGCUUAAGACCAUGUUGGAUUUCACUUCUGUCAGCCAAGAACAGAAAUCUGAGGCUGCAGUAGGCACAGGCUCACCAAAACUGGACAGUUGAAGACUGGAAAAAUGUAUCCUGGUCUGAUGAAUCUUGAUUUCUACUGAGGCACACAGAUGGUAGGGUCAGAAUUUGGCACCAACAGCAUAAAUCCAUGGACUCAACCUGCCUUGUGUCAACAGUUUAGGCUGGUGUAGGUGGUGUAUUGGUGUGGGGAAUGUUUUCUUGCCACACUUUGGGCCCCUUAAUACCAAUCAAUCAUCACUUGAAUGCCACAGCCUAUAUGAGUAUUGUUGCUGACCAUGUGCAUCCCUACAUGGCCACAAUUUUCCCAUCUUCUACUGGCUAAUUCCAGCAUGAUAAUGCAUUAUGUCACAAAGCAUAAUUCUUCUCAAACAGAUCUGAAGUGCACCUGCACUUUAAACCUUAAGGCAGAUGGACUACACCAGAAGAAGACCACAUCAGGUUUCACUCCUGUCAGCCAAGAACAGGAAUCUGAGGCCACAGUGGACACAGGACUACCCAAACUGGACAGUUCAAGAUUGGAAAAACAUCGCCCAUCCGGCUCAAGGUUCUACGUGUUGUGCAUUCUGAGAUGCUUUUUUGCUCAUCACGGUUGUAAAAAGGCGGUUUUUGAGUUACCAUAGACUCAUUCUCCUCUGACCUCUCUCAUCAACAAAGUGUUAACACCCACGGAACUGCUGCUCACUGGAUGGAUUUUUUUUUUCUGUUUCUGUUUUUUGACUAUUCUGUGUGAAAAUCCCAGGAGAUCAGCAGUUUCUGAAAUAUACAAACCAGUCUGUCUGAUGCCAAGAACCAUGCCAUGGUCCCUAAGAUCAUAUUUUCCCUCAUUCUGCUUACCAGAGUUGUAAAGAAUAAUAGCAUAAUAGUGAGUUGCAUGUUAAUAGAAGCAGUUUUGUCUUUGAGACACAAUACAAGGAGUUUUGGCUACACAAACUACUUGGAAAAAUAUUUGGUGGCGCCUGCUAUUAGCAGCAUCUUAUUAUACAAUGUCAGUAGGUUGUGCACCUGGACGAAUGUAACGGAUCAUCAGUUUUGGUUAGACUGUUUGUGCUUCAUGUCCAGGCAGAACACACCACUGACACUCCCACGUUCCAGGAUGACGAAUGUAGGGUGCAAAUCUGUGUGUGAUGAGUGUGAUGCAACAUUGAGUCACAUCUACUGGCCUGCAAAAUCACCAGAUCUCAAGUCCAUAGACAACUUGUGAGAAUAUUUGAAACAGCAGAUGAAACAAAACAAACUCCAGUGAGACAGAUCUCUAAUGUCACCCUGUAAAAGAUGGUAAGGAUGGAAGUAGGGGUUUUGCUCUCCUCAACCUCCACAGGAAGUGAAUAUGCUGCUGGGCUUUCUUGGCUAGGCAGAUGGUGUUGAGGGUCCAUGUGAGGUCCACCAUGAUGUUCACUCCAAGCAUCUUGGAGCUUUUGACUCUCUCAAAAGCUUGGAGUUAACAUGGGAAAUGGGAAUGGUAUGGGAACUUAUUAAGAAGAUAUAUGGGAACUUGGGAUAUAUGAAUUGCACCUUUUUUGGGCCACUUUUCACUGAUUUGGGGUUAGUGUCGUAGCUCACAGUCUAACUUCACUUGAGUGGAACUCACUUGCAUUGUAUGUGGAUUGCAGCCAGGGCCCAAUAACAAUGAAUAUACAAGUAUGAGCUUUUAAAAGGCACAUGAAAAUAGGGGUUUGUCACUGCAGCCUCAGAGCCAUAUAUUUAAAAAAUAAACGAGGAGCCAGUUGUUUCUCAUAUAGUGCAUCUAUCUGAAAUACCAUUUUGUCAGUUAAUUCUUCUUUUGGGAGAUAAUCUGUGUGAUGUUCUACACCUUGCUCCAGAUGUUUGACUAAAUUAACCACACAUUCAAGGAAACAGGGCUGAAGACUAUAACAGAAUAAUUAAAUCAAGCUGUCCAGAUGUACAAACACAGAAACUGAAUAAAAUUCAAAUACUUACUUCUGAAGAAAGUAUCAUCAAAAAGUACUAGAAUGGUCACUUUUUUGUAGCAACUAAAAACGCAUAAAGUGCAGAAUGUCAUCUUUUAUUUUUAUGGAGGCCCCAGAGCAAAAUACUGCUGCAUUCGAUUAUAGAUCAUAAUUCCCAACCUUCAACCAGGAAAAACCAAAGAAAACUCCCCCUCUGCUCUGAAUUCCUACUCAGGAACUCGGCAUGGUCUCCUCAACUCUGAGUUCCUCCAAGUUCAGCAAGUGAUGUCAAAUUAACAUGGCUGCUCUCAUCAUCAGCAGUAAACACAGUAGAACUUCUUACGUUUAAAUGAGUUAUACAAGUAUUUGCUUUAGAUCAGUCAGCAUACAGACAUAUUCACAUGUUAAAUCUAUAUUACUGACUAUACAGUUCACUGUUUUGAGGAGGAAAAUAUACAUCACACAUGACAGGUAGCUAGCUUGAUGUUAGCAAAAUACGAACAUGGAGGCGUCCAUGAUUUUUUCCCCCAAUUUUAAACUCGAAUGCAUGGAGUUUGACAUAAUUCUGAGCUCCAGCUUCCCACUUCCAAAUUAAAUCGAAUACAGAUGUGCACAGAAAUUGAAUGUUAAAAAUGAAAUUGAAGUAAAAACUGAUUAAAUGACUGCUUCUACCAUCAGAGGAGGUAGUGUGUUUUAUAGUGUGUUGUGAAUUGUUUGUAUUUGAUGUACUUUUUUCUUCUGCGCACUUUAGCCAAGGCAUCAACUGUACAGUACGGACCUUUUUCAGGAGUCUUCCGUGAUGGUGAGUGACUCACAUACGGCUUUCAUGGUUGUGCUGUUAAAGACACCUGUAUAUCGUAGAUACUCGCUAUUAAUUUGUGCUGAUCUCACCAGUGGCAGCUCUUCCAUAUAGGCAGGUACUAUACAGUAUAUCAGCUGUUCAACAAAUGUUAAUCUUCAUAAAGUACUUAUGCACAACUCCACACGUUUUAAAUUUUGUGGGAAUGCUAACUACCUGUUUGGAGUGAUCAACGAUUUAAAAAAUAAUGCUAUUUGACAGAUAUAAGCCAAUGUUCCACUGAUUUGGUCGCCUUUCUAGAUGUUGCGCAUCUAAAUCACAUUUAGAUGAGUAGAGUUAUUAUUGCACCUAGGGGUCAAAAAUGAGAACUGCAACAAGCAAGCAUUAAUAGAGGACUCACUCUGCCCCCACGCUUUGUUUGAGUGGGGGGGAGGGGCAGCGGACAGGACAGUUAAUGAUCUAACCUCGUCUCUAAUUGUCUUGCACACUGUGACAAUGGCGAUGGGAAGUACACCUGUUCUAUCGAAUACAUAUUAAUUUCUUUUUAAAAACCCAUUUGAAUGGUAGUUACCAAAAUGAACACUGUGAUCUUUUUAAUCCAUAGUUGUAUUCAGUCUUUUCCCAGAUUAGAUUAGUUACUAGCUAUGUAACUAGCUAGGUUGUUAAUGUCUUUGGAGAGCAAUUAUCAGCAACCAGAAACAUCAUUGCACCAAAUCCUUAUAAAAUUAUACCAUCUGAUUUCAAUAAAGCCGUGUUCGAAAACUUGGCAAAAAGUGAGUCAAAUUAAAAUAUUGAGGUGGCAGAUUUAUGUCAGAGAUAAUGGAAUUGUAUUAUUUGACACUUUUUAUGUUUUCGUCUGUGCUGGGGCGCUGGCCUUAAGACCAGACUACAUCUAUUACAAGGUUACAUUAAAAUGAACUUGCGUAAGUCUAACGUGAUAUAGCCUCAGAAAUUAAGUCGAGAGGCUGUGUUAUUAUUACUGUCCUCAUUAAUAUUAACAUCGUUAACACAUCCUGCCCCACCAAGAUGAGCAGUCACGAGCCCAUGCUGUAUUUCACUGAUGGUUGGUUGAAGGAUUUUCAUUCAAGCUUGCAUCACUAUUUUUCCUCUUAUAAACCUUUAUAAAUGGCUGCACCUGUAUUCUAUGGUGUGCAUGGUUAAUUUUGUUAAUUUUUUAAGGUAAUUCUGUUCUAAUGUGAUUGAUUUUACUUGUGUCAUUAAAGGUUUUUUGAAGGAUUUUAAUCAUUUUAAUCUGUCUUGUCAGUCUUCUGCACCUACAAUGAACUUCACCCAAAAACUUGUAAUAAAUUGUAAUAAUGGCUGAUGCUGAGAAAAAUAAUGGCUGAUUUACUUCAAAGCCAUUCGUGUGACUUACGUGACUCCUGUUUACCUUGUUCACUGUACUGCAAAAAAUUUAAUGGCAAAAAAUUGGAUUAUUGAGCCAGACAAAAGUCCAAACUUUCUACAUGUCUGUUGCAUGACCAUCCAUGCCUUUUUGGUACAUUUUUUAAAUCAAAGCAGAGCAAACCUUCAUGUAGCUUUAGUUUCAAUUAAUUCAGAAGUGUCUCUGAAAAACUUUUUUGAACAUCAGUUUACACUGACAUUUAUACAAAUGCUGCCUUGCUUACCUGCUAAGGGUUUCUACUUGUUGGCUACAAUUUCACAAUAUUUUUUUAAUUGACCCCAAAAAUAUAUACGAAUAUGUAAUCAUGUUGGACUUUCUUGAAUGAUUUAGACUCUUAAAAGUCAGAUUCUAUAACAUAUACACUGCAAAAAAAUGACAUCUUAGCAAGUGAAAAUAAUCUUGAAUAUAGUCAGAUUUAUCUAGUAUUUCUUAUUGUAAUAUACACUGUAUAAUGUAUAAUAUACAUUAUUGUAAGAUUACAAUAAACAAAAUAA